UAUCCUGACAAUUGGGACAUGAUCACAUCGCCCUCGGCUUCUGCCUUGAAAAAUAGUGAUAUUUGUGUAACGUGGGAAAGCAGCAGUUCUCGGAAUAGCAGUUCAGCGAGCGUCAACAAGCCUUUUCUCCACUCCGCACCUCCGUCGGAUCCAUUACGGCAAGCAAACCGGCUUCCCAUCAAGGUUUUGAAAAUGCUUACCGCACGGUCGGGACACAUUUUGCACCCGGAGUAUCUGCAGCCUUUGCCUUCUACCCCGGUUAGUCCUAUUGAGCUAGAUGCCAAGAAAAGUCCGUUGGCUCUGCUGGCUCAGACCUGCUCUCAGAUCGGCAAACCGGACCCACCACCCUCCUCCAAAUUAUCCUCCGUAACACAAAAUGGAUCUAGUGAGAAGGAAUCUAAAUCUGGUCCUUUGAAAAUGAGUGACAUCGGUGUGGAUGACAAAUCCAGCUUCAAACCUUAUUCUAAACCUUCAGAUAAAAAGGACUCGUCUUCGGGUGUCUCAGGCGGAGAGAAGUCUGGUUUUCGAGUGCCGAGCGCCACCUGCCAGCCGUUCACGCCGCGGACAGGCAGCCCCAGCUCCAGCACUUCAGCCUCCCCUAUGUCAUCAGAGGGGAAAUGUGGGGAAAGGGAUGAAAAGAAAGAGUCUGAUUGUAAUAAAAAUGGCACUACGGACGGGUCUGGCACCACUAGCCACAGCAGGAUAAGUGUGAGUUGUGGUGGAAUUAACGUGGAGGUCAACCAACACCAGGAGACGACGCAUGGCACUAAAACCUCCUCCUCCUCGGAGUCCCCAUCUGUAACUUCUGUAUCCUCCGCGUCCGUUCUCGGGUCAGGACUUGUGGCGCCGGUUUCUCCAUACAAACCAGGACAGACAGUUUUCCCUUUGCCUCCUGCUGGUAUGACCUACCCAGGCAGCUUGGCUGGGGCCUAUGCUGGUUACCCUCAACACUUCCUGCCCCACGGAGGGAGCUUGGUUAACGCACAGCUGGCUAGUUCACUGGGCUGCAGUAAGGCUGGAUCCAGUCCCUUGGCUGGGGCUUCUCCACCGACCAUCAUGUCAGCCAGCCUGUGCAGAGACCCUUACUGCCUCAGUUACCAUUGUGCCAGUCACUUAGCGGGCGCAGCCGGUGCCUCCUGCACGCACGACUCAGCAGCUGCAGCGGCCGCUAACGCCCUCAAGUCCAGCUACCCACUAAUGUACCCGACACACCCUAUGCAUGGCGUUCAUUCCUCGGCACCAUCAUUUAGCGGACACCCCCUGUAUCCAUACGGUUUUAUGCUCCCCAACGACCCUCUCCCCCAUGUUUGUAAUUGGGUGUCGGCAAAUGGACCGUGUGACAAGCGUUUCUCCUCUUCAGAAGAACUCCUGAAUCACCUGAGGACACACACUGCUUUUACUGGGGCUGAGAAGUUGAUAUCUGGUUAUCCCGGCUCUUCAUCACUGGCCAGCGCUGCAGCAGCGGCCAUGGCCUGCCAUAUGCACAUGCCACCGUCAGGAGCCCCCGGGAGCCCUGGGACUUUGGCUCUGAGGAGCCCGCAUCAUGCACUAGGACUCAGCAGCCGCUACCAUCCCUACUCCAAAAGUCCCCUGCCAACCCCUGGAGCUCCUGUUCCUGUCCCUGCAGCCACCGGCCCUUACUACUCCCCUUAUGCACUGUAUGGUCAGAGACUUACCACAGCAUCAGCGCUUGGAUACCAGUGAGGAG